CAGUAUUUAUUGAAAUGGCAAGGCUUUAAAAUUUUACCCAGUCAUUUUCAUUACAAAUUUUAUAUUGUGCGUUCAAUAAUUACUACACUCAAAAAUGGAUGUACUUAUUCCGGAAAAGGAGGAUAUACUUGACUUUAAGUUAAAGGAUGCGCAUAGUUCCUUAGAUGAACUUGACAUAGAUGAUUUAUAUGUCAGAUAUAAGAAACUCCAAAAAACACUCGAAUUUUUGGAAGUGCAAGAAGAAUAUAUUAAGGACGAACAACGUAAUUUAAAGAAAGAAUACCUUCAUGCUCAAGAGGAGGUUAAACGUAUUCAAUCGGUCCCAUUGGUUAUUGGGCAAUUUUUGGAAGCUGUUGACCAGAAUACGGGAAUAGUGGGUUCUACUACCGGUUCUAAUUACUAUGUUCGCAUAUUAUCUACGAUUGAUCGAGAAUUAUUAAAACCUUCGGCAUCGGUUGCAUUGCAUAAACACAGUAAUGCUUUGGUAGACGUACUACCCCCAGAAGCCGAUAGUUCUAUUUCUAUGCUUCAACCUGAUGAAAAGCCAGACGUAAGUUACGCAGAUAUUGGUGGCAUGGAUAUGCAAAAACAGGAAAUACGUGAAGCUGUUGAAUUACCUUUGACGCACUUCGAGUUGUACAAACAAAUUGGUAUUGACCCUCCCCGAGGAGUGCUUAUGUAUGGACCACCUGGUUGUGGAAAAACUAUGUUGGCAAAGGCAGUAGCACACCAUACCACUGCAUCAUUUAUACGUGUUGUUGGUUCAGAAUUCGUUCAGAAGUAUCUUGGAGAAGGUCCUAGAAUGGUACGAGAUGUUUUUCGUUUAGCGAAGGAAAAUGCUCCGGCUAUAAUUUUCAUUGAUGAAAUCGAUGCUAUAGCUACAAAACGGUUUGAUGCUCAAACUGGUGCAGAUAGAGAGGUUCAACGUAUUCUUUUGGAGCUUUUGAAUCAAAUGGACGGAUUUGAUCAAACGACAAAUGUUAAAGUUAUUAUGGCAACCAAUCGAGCAGAUACAUUGGAUCCAGCACUUUUACGCCCUGGCCGUUUGGAUAGAAAAAUCGAAUUUCCACUACCAGACAGAAGACAAAAGAGAUUGAUAUUUUCAACAAUUACCUCGAAAAUGAAUUUAAGUGAGGAUGUUGACUUGGAAGAUUUUGUGGCACGCCCAGAUAAAAUAUCUGGUGCGGAUAUAAACGCCAUUUGUCAAGAGGCUGGAAUGCAUGCUGUGAGAGAGAAUCGUUAUAUUGUUUUAGGAAAGGAUUUCGAGAAAGGAUAUAAAAAUAACAUCAAAAAAGAUGAGCAAGAGCAUGAGUUCUAUAAAUAAGUACUUUGUAGCUAUUUUCUAAAAAUUGUGUAUUAAAAUUGCUCUAAUAUUCAA